AUGGAUCUGCUGGGCGCCUUUGGUGGCUACAUCAAUCCCUUUGCCUGCCCACUUGCCGUCUUUGAGACGCGCGUUCUCGCUGCUCUGACAGCUGCCGCCCACUACGAGGCCAACUGGAAGUCCAUUGACUCGCGUCCACUGCCGUCCUGGUUCGACAAAGCCAAGGUGGGCAUCUUCCUUCACUGGGGCGUUUUCUCGGUGCCCUCCUUCAACAACGAGUGGUUCUGGUACAACUGGCGCACACAAAAGUCCGCCAAUUAUGAGGCGUUCAUGAAGAAGAACUACAAACCUGGCUUCACCUACGAAGAGUUUGCCCCUCAGCUGACGGCGGAAUUUUACGAGCCGGAGAAGUGGGCUGAUCUGUUCAAGAAGGCCGGCGCCAAGUACGUCGUGCUCACUUCCAAGCACCACGAAGGCUACACGAUGUGGCCCUCAAAGUACUCCUUUUCGUGGAACGUCAUGGACGUCGGUCCGAAGCGUGACCUGCUGGGCGACCUCGCCACCGCCGUACGCCACCACAACCUCACCUUUGGCCUCUAUCACUCUCUCUACGAGUGGUACAAUCCGAUGUACCUGGCGGACAAGAAGAACGGCUUCAAGACGACCGACUUUGUCAGCAAGAAGAUUCGCCCCGAGAUGGAGGAGGUGGUGAAGAUGUACAAGCCAUCGGUCAUCUGGUCGGACGGCGACUGGGAGGCCUCUGACGCCUACUGGAACAGUACUGACUUUCUCGCCUGGCUGUACAACGAGUCGCCGGUGAAGGACGAGGUGGUGGUGAAUGAUCGUUGGGGCAGUGGCACCUCUUGCAAGCACGGCGGCUUCUUCAACUGCGCCGACC